UACACAAAUCUCUGGUCCUAUUGGCUAUUUCAUGGGCCAAAGCGAUGACGAUUUUAUUCCUGUGUUACCUAGAACAUAAUGAGUAACAAACGAUACAAGCCGAAAUCGGCGCGGUUAAGACAUAUUUCAGAAGACUUCUCGUCAUGACAGGGAGACGUGUCAUUUCAUUUCCCUCCUCGUUCGAGGGCGGCGGGGUGCGUCGUGCGUUGCUUGGUCGUUUGGGUAUACCAAGAAAGCGCCCUGUGAUCAUCAUGCACCCAGCAUCACCCAGUACCAGGCAGUCAUUCAUAGCUCUUGGCAUUAUUUUUGCAACAUCACUCCUCUGCCUGGCAUAUGUAUACACAAUAUUUCCAGAGAUGACAAGUGAAGAGAAGCAAGAUUUCAAGCUACCAAGAGACAUCGAUGAUGCUAAGAGGCUUGGCAAAGUUCUCAAUGUAUACAAGGAGCAGUACUACUUUGAAGUCAUGGCUGGGAUCUUCAUCACCUAUAUAUUUCUGCAGACGUUCGCCAUCCCUGGCUCCAUCUUCCUCUCAAUCCUCACCGGCUUCCUGUUCCCGUUCUGGGCGGCGCUGGUGCUCGUCUGCUUCUGCUCGGCCACCGGCGCCUCCUUCUGCUACUUGCUGUCCUACAUGGCCGGCAGGAAGAUCGUACACAAGUACUUCCCCGAGAAGGCCAAGGAGUGGGCACUCAAGGUGGCCAAUCAGAAAGACAAUCUGCUCAACUAUAUAAUUUUCCUCCGGAUUACCCCCUUCCUGCCCAACUGGUUCAUCAACAUCACGUCCCCGGUGAUUGAGGUGCCUCUGACGCCGUUUUUCAUCGGGACGUUUAUCGGCGUGGCGCCACCGUCGUUCGUGGCGAUCCAGGGCGGUACGACUCUGCAGCAGCUGACGUCAUCCAGCGACGCCGUCUCCUGGGCGUCGGUGGCCUGGCUGGCCGUGUUCGCCGUGCUAUCGCUGGUGCCCAUCCUCUUCAAGCAGAAGCUAAAGCAGCGCUUCGACUAGCCUGGGGCGCGGCUAGGC